CAGUUCAUUCACAGCCAUGUAUUUCCAGUUAAGAGCCUCAUGACAUUGGAGACAGUGGCAAACUUGAGUAUGGUUUACUAUAUGUUUUUGGUUGGCCUAGAGACAGACUUUACCUUAAUACUACGUGCAGGGAAGAAGGCCUAUAGUGUUGUCCUAGCCGGUUUUGCCGUUGCAAUGCCUGUUGGUUAUGGCUUAUUUUAUAAACUUCAACCUAAGGCAUCCAACCAUGGUGGUGCAAUCUUCUGGGCUGUUGCUCUAGCCUGCACCAAUUUCCCGGACCUUGCUCGAAUCCUUGCAGAUGUCAAGCUGCUACGCUCAGAGUUUGGCCGGACGGCCUUAACCUCAGCUCUUAUCAGUGACUUAUGCUGUUGGGUUUUCCUGGUAGUGGCAAUGGCAUUGCUUCAUCAGGGAAAGUACUUUGCACUGGGUUCAACUAUUGCCUUAAUAAUUUUCUGUGUGUUUGCAUUGCGUCCAGCUCUCAAAUGGAUAAUUCGCCACACAGCAAAAGAAGACAACUACAAUGACUUCCAUGUAUGUUUUGUUCUGACUGGGGUCAUAGUGUGUGGAUUCAUUGCUGAUGCUUGUGGUGCUCAUUCCAUUGCUGGGGCUUUCAUGCUGGGAGUUAUUAUGCCAAAAGGGGACCUUACAGAUACAGUUAUGGAGAAGGUUGAAGAUUUUGUGUCAGGGAUUUUGAUGCCUAUUUUCUUCUUAAUGGUUGGGCUGAGAGUCAGAAUUGGAAAAAUUACCUAUGGCACUAAUUGGGCAAACGCUUUUUUAGUUAUUGUCCUAACUUUUAUACCCAAGAUUUUCAGCACUUACUGCAUAUCUUUUCUGUACGGCAUGCCAGCACUGGAUGGUCUGUCUCUUGGACUACUAAUGAACACCAAAGGCUUGUUGUCCCUUAUUAUUCUUUGCACCGGACGGGACUUAAAGGCUUUGGACAAUCAAACCUUUUCAGUUUUGGUGCUUGCAUUCUGGCUUAUGACACUUGUGGUUGGGCCUAUCCUUGCAUUCACUUACAAGCGCUCAAGGCGUACCAGGCACUACAAAUGCAGGACCAUACAAAACACAAAGCCAGACACUGACUUUCGAAUACUUGUAUGUAUUCAUUCCAUGCGCAAUGUUUCUGGCAUGAUUAACCUCCUCCAGAAUUCUAAUCCCACUCAACUAUCCCCCAUUAACGUCUUUGCUGUCCACCUAGUCGAGCUCACAGGACGCUCUUCCGCCAUGCUAAUUGUGCACGACACCUACAGCUCUACAAACAAAGGACGCUCUAGAUCAAACUCUGAUGGCAUUGCAAGUGCCUUUGAAAGCUUGGAGAGCCACAGCAAUAAUGUUUCUGUCCAGCCCUUAACAGCAGUGUCUGCUUAUGACUCAAUGCACGAGGAUAUUUGUAGCUUAGCUGAGGACAAGCGUGUGACACUCAUAAUCAUUCCCUUUCACAAACAACUAAGCAUGGAUGGUGGAUUGGAGGAUUCUAACCCUCCUCUUAGAGGAGUUAACCAAAAUGUGUUCGCAAAUGCUCCUUGUUCUGUAGCUAUAUUUGUGGAUCGAGGACUUAAUGCGUCCAUGCGCAGAGAGUCCAACCAUGCUGGUCAUGGACAACGCUUCGCCAUGCUCUUCAUUGGCGGCCCCGAUGAUCGGGAGGCAUUGGCUUAUGCGUGGAGGAUGUCGGGGCAUUCCAGUGUCAGCUUAACGGUGGUGCGAUUUGUUUCAGACGAACAGAAUGCAGCUAAGUUGAACCCAAGAGAGAAUAAAGAAGAGGAGUGUAAUAACAUUGAAAAGCAGCUAGACGAUGACUAUCUAGAAAAGUUCAGGCAAGACACCAAGUGCAACCCAUCAGUUACAUACAUGGAGAAAUUGACGAAUAAUGGGGAAGAAACUCUGAAAACAAUAAGCACAAUGGAGCAUCAUGAGUAUGAUCUAUACAUAGUAGGAAGAGGGGAAGGAAUGGAGUCACCAUUGACAUCCGGGUUAACGGAGUGGAGUGACUGUCCAGAACUUGGAGCUUUGGGAGAUUCAUUGGUGUCUGCGAGCUUCACAUCAAAUGUAUCAGUUCUGAUAGUGCAACAACACGGUGAAGGAAGUAGUGGAGGAGGAGAGGAACUGGGUCAAGUUGGGGUUGAAGAAGAACACACUGGACGUCUAAAAGAGCAAUUUGGGCACAUGACAUGGCAGCCUCCUCCGAGAGAUAAUGCUGAUAAAGAACCUUUUGUACCUCGUGCAGCUCAAUAUAAUGAAGAUGAGUAUUGA